UAUGCUUGGAAAUAGUAUUAUCCACAUACUCGUUUUACUAAUUAUUCGUGCUUGUGCUUCCGACAUUAGUCAAUGCGAAGUUCGACACUGCAAAGUUGAAGAGUGGAGCAGUUGGUCACAAUGUUCUACAGUAUGUAAUAAUGAAGGUAACACUACCAGAGUCAGAAAAGUGUCUGUUGAAGCAUUUUGUGGAGGAACUGUCUGUCCUCCUCUAAGAGAAGUUCGACCGUGUCAGUCUUUAUGCAUACAUGGAAAUAUAGAAGAAGGCUUCUGCAAAUGCAAUCCAGGAUGGAUGGGAAACUGUUGUCAUAUAGAUAUUGAUGAAUGUAACAAGACAACCACGUGUAAAUACAUAUGCAAGAAUACUGAAGGAUCGUAUCAAUGUUUAUGUCCUUCCGGUCACAAAACGGUAGGAAAUGAGUGUAUAGAUAUUGACGAGUGUUCAUUGGACAUGUGUGAUCAACGCUGCAAGAACUCGAUUGGUUCUUUUACUUGUAGUUGUGAAGAAGGAUACAAGUUAACAGAAGAUCUAGUGCAUUGCGAAGAAGUCAACGAUUGUUCAAUAGAUAAUAAAUGUCAUCAAUUGUGCAUUAAGGAUGAAAACAAUGAUGACAAAUGCUUAUGUAGAUAUGGAUUCUAUUAUUCGAGUAUAAAGCAGAAAUGUUAUGGUAAAUAUUCAAUUGAUGAGGAAUAA